AUGGAAAAUCAUACUGCUGUUGAGUAUUUCAGACUUUUGUUGUUUUCAAACAAUCCAGUGGACAAAUGGUGGACUUUCAGUGUUUUUUUUCUAAUUUAUUGUUUGGGAGUAAUAAUAAACAUGACUAUUAUUACGGCAACAUGCUUGGAACGUUUUCUACACACUCCUCUUUAUCUUUUUCUUUCAAAUUUGUCCUUUGUCGAUAUUUGCUACACAACAGUUAUAAUACCCAAACUGCUGGAUAUGAUAUUAUCCGGGAAUUUUACCAUGUCCUCCAUGCAAUGCUUCACACAAUUGUUCUUUUUCAUUACUGUGGCUGGUAUUGAAGAAAUCUUGCUGUUUAUAAUGGCAAUUGAUCGUUAUGUCGCCAUAUGUAACCCUUUACACUAUCAUCAGAUUUUGAGCUGGAAAAAUUGUACCCUGAUAACUGUUUGCGCCUGGGUUUUAUCCUUUUUAAACUCUUUACUAUUUACAAAGUCUGCUGCCCAUAUGUCCUUCUGUGGUUCCAACAUUAUUCAACAAUUCUUCUGUGAUGCCAAAGCCAUGACUAAGAUAGCGUGUGGUGACAAUUACCUAUUUUAUGCCGUAUUAGGGAUAGAGUUUUUGUUCUUUGGACUUGUACCAUUCAUAUGCAGCCUGGCAUCUUAUAUAAAGAUUAUUCGUGUUAUUUUGAAAAUUAAAUCUGCAGAAGGCAGGAAAAAAGCCUUCUCCACUUGCUCAUCCCACCUCACUGUCCUCAGUAUGUAUUACGGGACAGCUUCGUCAGUGUAUCUAAAGCCAUCAUCAGAUAACUCCCUCACCUUGGAACAAGUCUUCACCAUACUCUAUACCACUAUUACACCCAUGCUAAACCCAUUGGUGUACAGUAUACGAAACAAGGAUAUAAAGGCUUCACUGAAGAAAUUAAUUGGGACAAAUUAUUUUUUUCUAAAACGUUUCUAA